AUGAGAUCACGUAUAUGGAAUGGAAUCUUAAUAACAGCACCAACUCUCAUCACACGAGAGAAUAAAAGCCAAACUACUACUAUAUUAGAGAAAUCCACUAGUCCUCUUCAACACCCACAAGAUAAUAUAAAACAGAGAGCUAUUAAAGCCAUGACGGUCUCUAUGUCUGUAGAAGAGUUAAAGGCGGCAGAACGGGCACAAAAUAAAGAGAAGACGACACCUUUAAAGAAUAAAGAAAAUAAAGAUCGUAAAGAAGAGGAAAAACCACCUUUAGGCAUAAGAACAAGAUUAGACGCUCAUCCAUCAUUCUCUAAGCAGGAUAAAGAGAAUAAAGAGAAGGAUAAAGAGAAUAAAGAGAAGGAUAAAGAGAAGGGGCCUAACCAAACGUCAGCGUUAUUAUCAUUAUCAUUAUCAUCAUCCUUGCCUCUACCAUCAUCAUUAUCAUCAUCAUCACGACCAUCACUACUAGAGAAAACAACAACAGCAACAACAACAGCAAGAACAACAUCAGCACCAGCACCAACAACUAGAAGUGAACCAUCAUCAUCAUCAUUAUUAGAGAAAACAACAACAACAACAGCAACAUCAGCAUCAGUACCCGCAACUAGAACUGCACCAACAUCAUUAAAACCCAAACGUCCACCACUAUUACCACAGUUGCAACUACCCUCCAGUGAUGAUGUAAAUUUAUCUAAUUCUGAACUAUCUACUCAUCAGCCGAUAGCGAAGACGCCUGUUCAUACUCCAAUAAGUGUGACUCCUGGGCAGAAGUUAAGUAUGCAUGAUAUCAUUAAGUCUCCCAUAUUACUUUCAAAGUUAGAGAAGCACCGUCAACGUUUGCGGAGUUUCGGUCUAUGGUUAGGUGAAGAUACAUACUCUGAAAACCUCAACUCUACAUCAAACCUUUCUUCUGCUUAUAGUGCUACUACUAAUAGUACUAGUGAUAUUGCUAAUACUAGUGCUAAGACUAUUGCUAGACCUACCUAUUCACCAAAAGAGAGAGCUGCGCCUCUAAAUGGCAGAUCCACUAACACCAUCAGUAAUAAUAAUAAUAAUAAUAAUAAUAAUAAUAAUAAUAAUAAUAAUAAUAAU